ACAUCAAAUCGCGAAAGAUUUGAACUUAUUUGAACUUACUGAUCAAAAAUCAAAAAUCAAUCCUUACCAUAUUUUAACAUUUUUGUUUCCGUUUCCUGCGAAGUCAAGAUAUCAAUCUAGGCCAGUCCCUAGAAUGACUCACGCUUGAUGGCGUUUCGGCAGCGAGUCGGUAGAUUCGGCUUCCGACUAUUCGCAUUCGCAACAUGGAUUCCAGUCAUCUCCAUGUUCAACCACUACGUUGGAGAAGUUGCGUGGAUUAGCGGCCCCUCGAUGUAUCCGUACUUUAAUGCGGAAAAAGACCAAACAACACGGAAUGACGUAGUUAUCAACUGCAAGCUCAAUGCCCAAUACGGGUUGCGGCGAGGCAUGAUUGUUACCUUUUGGAACCCAUGUGACCCAGAGAGCUUAGUGGUCAAGAGAGUCGUUGGACUGGAAGGGGAUGUCAUAAAACCGCGAAGUCCGUAUCCUGCUUCCACUGUCCGAGUGCCUCUUGGGCAUGUCUGGGUUGAGGGUGAUGGAGGUGAGCGCCUAAGCAGAGACAGCCACGAUUAUGGUCCAAUUUCGACGAACCUCAUCGUUGGUAAGAUCACGCAUGUUAUAUGGCCAUGGCAUAGAUUUGGUAAGGUACGCUGGUGGGAAUUUGCGGGAAAUAUUAGAAAUUAAAAGAAUAACCACGACAAGACUCCAUGCUCUCUCCUAAC